AUGCCAGCAAAUGCUUAUAAUACAUGUAUAAAAUCGAAGACACUUCUCAAUUACGUAAGUACUAACAUAUGUUUACAUGAAAAAAAUGCAGAUAUUUGGGUUAGCGAUGAAUUUCAUAAAAACAAUUCAGUUUGGGAAGAAGAACAUAUAGAACAAAUGCUUCGAUACCUCCUUCGCUAUCCACAUUUAGAUUUUAUUGACAUUGGUGCAAAUAUUGGUGCUUAUACAAUGUAUGUUGCAGCUCUAGGUCGAUUUGUUGUAGCUAGGGAUGUACCGAGCCCGAGCCUUGACCGAGCCUCUCGGGCUCGGGGCUCGGUAGGCUCGGUCAGGCUCGGGCUCGUUAUUUCAUAUCCACAUCAUACAAAUCGUUUAUACGAUAUAAUUCAUCGAUCCACGAACAAAAAUGAUGAUUCAGUAAUAUCGAACGUUCAAACUUCUAAAUUUAUACGCUCACUAAUACCUGUAUCAAUCCAUCAGCAAUCAAGUUCAGUAGAAGAUAAUGAGCAAUUUGAUGAAGUAAAACGUGAUGCUUGGGAUUCAGGUGAAGAACAAUAUUUUAAAUGGGCUUCGUUGAAUCGUCGACCAAUGGAAUCAUUAGUAGGACGAAAACGAUUCGCCGAACUUAUUAUACCAGAGCCAAAACCUAGCCGAAUCGUUACUGGCAUAUGGCGUAGUGGACUUGUUGGUUAA